GGCACGCCCUGGCGGCCUUGCGCCAUGUCGAACCGCUUCAGCAGCAUCGCGAAACGCAGCAGUCGCCACGGGCGUCCCUUACUGGUGCUGAAGGUAGGGACUUCCAGCCUGGUCGUAUCAGAUAGCAACGGUCAUCGUUUGCGACUUGCACUGGUGUCUCAACUCGUUGAGGUGAUUGCCGAGCUGCGCCAGCGUGAUUACCAAGUGGUUCUGAUCUCUUCAGGUGCCGUUGGGAUGGGCUGCAUGAAACUGGGCAUUCCCAAGCCACAAGAUUUGCGGAAGAAGCAAGCCGUGGCAGCUGCGGGGCAGAGCCAGCUGAUGCGCAUGUACGAGGAUCUGUUUGGAACAAUCCGGAUUCAAGUUGCACAGCUGCUACUGAGCCAGGGAGAUUUUGCCCAAAAAGAGCAUUGGAGCAAUGUGAAGGUCACCAUCAUGGAAUGCCUUUCGCUGGGCGUGGUUCCCAUCAUCAACGAGAAUGACUCCACCAACACGGCAGAGCUACGCUUUGGGGACAACGACAAUUUGGCGGCACUGACAGCUGUUCAGCUGGAGGCUGAUGCACUCUGUCUCUUCACCGACGUCUCCUGCGUCUAUACCGCGAACCCGCGGACCAACCCAGACGCCAAGCCACUGUUCGUGGUUCCAGAGCCAUGGGCGCUGAAAGUGGAAACAAAGGAUGCGGGCAGCGGCCUUGGCACUGGAGGCAUGUCUACGAAAAUCCUGGCUGCGCGCACUGCUUCGGUGUCAGGUAUCCCUUGUUUGCUGAUCAACAGCAGCUUCCCUCGCCGGAUAUUGGCUUUGUUGGACUACGUGCCCAACGAAGAUCCGGAGGCACUACCCGAAGAAGCCACCUACUUCAUGGCCAUGGAUGCAGCACAGACAGUCCACGACACGAGAAGAUGGAUUUUGUCCUUACCAGUCAGUGGUCAAGUGGAGUUGGACAAGGGUGCUGCCAAGGCCUUGGGGUCCAAAAAGAGCUUGCUGGCUGCUGGCGUCACGGAAGUGCAGGGCUCGUUCUUGCGGAAUGAAGCGCUGCGGAUUUGUCAUGAGGGCAAUGAGAUCGCACGAGGGAUCAUCAAUUUUUCAUCCGAGGAGUUGUCCAAGAUUAUGGGCCACAGCAGCCAUCGCUUCGAGGAUCUCCUGGGCUUUUCCUGCUGUACAGAGGCUUGCUACCGCAACAAUAUAAUCCUCACGACGUCGGCAGACUCGCUUCAAAAUAUCGAAGUGCCCUUGCACCAACGACGAAUGUCGAGAGAUUAUUCCCGGAAUUUCGAUGCUUCAACCUCUUGAUGGUGAUGCU